AUGGAGUCUCCAACACGUCCUAUGUUGAGCCCCUCAAAAGCGCUGCAUCCGGUGUCGCCGGAACGCAUGAAUCAACAAACCAUACCCGCCUCUCCUUCGCUACCUUCUGAUCUCCUCACACUACACCACAAGAACACCCGAGGUGUUUCAGAAGUUCAAGCCAAAGUGGCCCCUGCCAACUCUGCGGCAAACACUGCCGCUCUACAACGUGCUAUCCUAGGCCGCGAGGAAGCCGAAUCUGCCCUAGCCACCGCACAAGAAGAUUUAUCCGAAGCACAAACACGAGAACGCCGGAUCAGUGAACGCCUCGAAUCAUUGCUAGAAGAGCUACAUGGAACGAAAGAACGUCAGGCCCACGAACGAUCAAUUUUCGAAAAAGAAAUCCGCAAAGCCCGCAAAGAAGCUUUUCGCGCUGGAUCGACCUUGGUAAAACUUCAAGAAGAAUUGAAACACGCGAAAUCAGAGGUCAGAGGACUGAAAGACGAACUGGGAGCAGAACGCGAGGCGAAGAACAAGGCCAAACAGGAGGCAUUCGAACGCGCCUAUGCUCUCGCUGGUCUUACAGAGGAACUUGAAGUCCUGAAAGAAAAAUUCCGCGCCCUCGAAACAGACAACCACUCGAGCACCCUCGAAGUCCGCGCUCAUGAGAUUCGGAAAGAAGACUUCGGAAGAUUGUCGAUAGCAGAAGGCGACCUUGCGUUUUUGGCCACCCCGCGCAGGCCGAAGCGAGCCGCUGCUGGGUCUAUUCGCUCCCCAGCUCCCGCACACGAAGAAGAUCACGCAGAACCCACUCCCCCCAAACGUCCACGUUUAUCGGACUGUGUACCAAAGACGGAGAGUGAACAACCCGCACCCGAGACGGCCGCUGAACUAGACGAGAAUCUGUUGGAGGAAAUCAAAGAAGAGCUGGACUUGGAGCGUCGUCGCAGAGUCGCAGCCGAAGACAUGGUGCAUUUCCUGAACAUUGAGUGCCAGUUCGAACGCUGCUCUUGCAGGCUUGCUGAGAGCCAAGGUCGUCGCUACAUCUACGACGCUGAUUACUAUAACAAAUUUCAACGGCCUCAGAUUGAGGCGGAAGAGAAAGCUCGUGCUCAGCAAGCUGCCGAACAAGCUGCUGAACAAGCUGCCGAACAGGCUGCUCAACAGGCUGCUCAACAAGCCAGCAUUCAGCAAGCUCUUGAGGACCAAGCUCAUCCUCACCCGGCAAGUACGCCUGAGGCCAGUCCUUCCCCUCCUCCACCCCCAGUUCAUCGAUCUCCUAUCCACCAGGUCACCAUUCCCCAGGUGAGAUCUUCUCAACACAGCAUCCACCAUGAAGAACCGGAGCCCAGUCGUACCCCUCUGGCUGCGCCACCCGUUACUGUCCACCAUCACACCGCGUCUACUAUGAAGGCUGAACCUACGGAUCUCCCCAAGAUGCAGAUGCCGGCCGAGCCUCUAGUUACAUUUUCUCCGGAGACCGGCACCUUCACGACAUUCCCAUCCCCUCUCCGAGAUAACGUCAGGCCUCUGCGUUUAGAUUUCUUCGACACACCCGAUCUCGCAGAGCCUCAGCCAGACAUUCACACAGGUCAUAUCGACGCCUCUGCAUCACCCGACCAACAGGUUGACUCAAUGGCCCGCCCCGCCCCAUCAGAUGGUGCCGCUGAAUACUCGCGUGCACCACUGUCUGUCGAAACAAGACCGUCGAGACGUGUCGAGAGAGAACCCCAUGAAUACCGUCAGCCCAUCAACCCCCCAAAGAGAGUUCCUUCCCGACAAGAGCCACAGCGCACUUCGCACCCCGGGGUUCCCGACAUACCUAUCGACCGCGAACAAGCACUCGCACAGAUCAGGGCGCGACGAGUCCGUACCCAUAGCAAGCAGCGAUCAGUCAGUGCCAGUGAGCCUGGCCGUGCAGCUCGCACUUCAGCAGGAUCUAACCCGACUCCUGCUCGGGGACCUCGACGGCUUCCCAACCCCAAUCUUCGGGCUGAUUCGAGGACCGAGAACGAGCUCGGUGAACGACGAGAUAUGAGUGCUCCUGUUCGGAUGUUCCGACGUUAA